AUAAAAGCUCGGACCGUCGCUCUUUUUGGGCUUAGAACAAAGGCGACUGCGAACGCGAGUGGAUUAUAUAAGUUUGCUUGAAUCUUCACAGACUUGUUCAUUGCUUCCCAAGGAUAAAGGGAAAUUCCCUCAGAAAAUCGUAUUAUGUACAUAGAUAUGCGGCUAAGUUUUGUGAUUACUCUUGUCCUCAUAGGUUCCCGCCUGUCCAACGGCUUCUGGUGGCCAAAGACAACAACGGAAACCAGGGAGCCGGGUGGCGGCCAAAUCCUGCAGCAAAUUCCGCUCACCUACUUCCGGACAUACACCUAUCAGCCAUUGGCUCCUGGGUUCUUCGGAUUUGGAGCUGCUCAGACACCUCUGCUGCCUGGUGCUCAGUACGAUCCGUAUGGGAUGACCAGUUACGCUGCUGCCAGGCGACAUGACUCCGCUUCCAGGCAAGAGGUGACUGCUCCGGCGGAACUGAACAACGCGCCCAGUAGCUCUCGGACCACCAGCACCACUGCCGCUCCAACGACCACAACCACCACCACCACAACCACCACGCCGGCACCGACCACAAGAACUAGUACUACUACUACCAGUACUACUCCACCACCAGUACCACCUCCGCCCCAGUCCGCCACUAGUGGUAGUGGUAGUAGUGGUUUCUCCGAAGGAUCCACUCCCAGCCUGCUGCGCUUCGGCGAAUACCCCGCGUACAAUCGCCGGGUAAGCAACCUCUAUAACGCCAGGCCCCAGUAUCCAUAUCCGGAUUACUUCAACUAUCAGCCGCAGCAGCAGACCGUGGUGCCGGAGCAAGGGGUCUCCAGCAACAGUCGCAUCCAAUUCGUUCCCUGCAUGUGCCCCGUCAGCGUGCCCAGCUUUGUCUCAUCAGCAUCCUCGACAGCGGCCACAUUGCCUCCGCAGCUGUCCACUGCCUCCACAUCGUUCGUGUCCCAGCCGGCGGCUCGUCACAUCGAGGGACAGGAAUUGGAAGCGGAAGUUGAUGGCGAGACAGACAACGAGGGAGAGGAGGAGGACGAGGAUGAGGAGCAGGGGCAGGAGCAGGGCCAGGGCCAGAGCCAGAGCCACGGCCUGGAAGAUGGUGCCGGCAAGGACCAGCCAGAAACGCAGGAUAUAACCUCAGACAGUGCCGUCUAGUUCAAUUGGAUGGUGCAGCCACAGCCUUCCUGGUUUGAAGCCAAUCCUCGACUGACUUGUCACUAUGGGGGUGCCCAGGAGAUCUCUUUGCAGCCCCAGGGUUCCAGAAUGCUUAAAUUGUUGGAAAAACAUUAAAACAAAUGAAACAA